AACAUUCCAUAUUUCAUUUCCAAGAUUUCAAAUGCAUUAUGAAACAUUGUACUAGCACUACAUUUUAUAUACGACGAAUUUACCCAAGGCGAUUUAGUAACAAGUACAAAAACCACCAAAUUGAACCAUGACCAUCCAUCACUAUUUGAACAGAACUCCUUUUUUUAAAGAGAACUAUAAACAUAACUCUUAAUGAUUAUUACACCAUCACAGAAUAAUGACAUCGAAUGAAGCCCUAAUCCCAAACACCCAAAACAGCCCACAGAAAAGCCCACGGGCCGAGCCCAGCUUCUCUAGGCCUCCGGCUUGAGGAUGCCAUUGACGACGGACAGCCCCACGAGCACCCCGAGCGCCUCGGCCCCGGCGACGGCGCCGGCCUGCACCAGCGCGUCCCCGGCGAGCCCGACCUCGGUCGCGAUCUGCAGCCCUUCGCCGGCGACCUCCUUCCCGGCCUCCGCCACCGCCUCCCCGCCGGCCACCGCCGCCUCCUCCACCUCCCGCACCGCCUCCGCCGCCGCCUCCUCCGCCCGCUCCAGCUUCUUCCGGAUCCCGAACAGCCCGAUGCCGGCAGCGUUCGCGGGGGAAGAAGACACUGCCGAUAGACCGGCCCCUGUCGCGGAGGACAGCAGGAGGAGCGCGGCCGAGCGCCGGUCGAACCGCGCGGCGGAGGCGGCGAUGGUGCUGCGGCGGCGGCGGGCGGCGGAUGAUGGUGGGGCCGCGUGGAGGGAGAAGAGGCUGGAGGCGGCGCAGAUGGUCAUGGCGGCGUCGAGGUAAGAAGUUGAGUGCUUGGUGGCCUCGGCGUCUACUCGAUCGGCUCUCAAGCCUGCGGUACGGGGUGCUGAUGAUGAGUGGCGCGGAGGAGGCUGCUGCCGUGCUAGGAUGGAUGUGGUUUGGUUUGGCCUUGGACCUUGGUCGGCCUCUCGAGGCGCCAACGAGACUUCUCACUUCUCGCACUCACACGAGUGGCUCUCGCUUCAUUUCAUCACUUGUUCUAGCAACACAAAAUGCCUCCUCUCCAAAGCAGACCUGUCGAUAGACUGGAAAAAGUUCCACGUGCUCAAGGUUUACAAGGAGUUCUGGAAUAGUCUUAUGCUCUAUUUACUCUCUGAUUUAAGCAUUGUCUGACAGAAAUUCGGUAUCGCAAGGAGCAUUUGCAGUGGCAGUAGGCUGCAUGCAGUGGCACCCAAUCACAUCAUAAACUUGGCAAGAAUCCGGCAUAAUUUGUACCAGAAAGAACAUGGUUGAGAAUCCAUCUCGGUUAAACACCUCCACAGACAAUCUUCAGUCAACAAAAAAUGCAAACAAACAGAAACGGAACUGCAUGGGGUAGGGAACUGAAAAAAAAUGCAGUUCCAAGAGCAUGGAACUGUGGGAAUCUCUGAUUAGCAGCAACCCAAUACUGUUCAGUCGCAAAUUUCGCAUCAUCAAAUAUACACCAUAUCGAUAACAUCAGACCAGCGUC